AGUAUUAAUGUUCGUUUUGAGGUGAAACACUGACCUGACCCACGUUUAGAACUGGGAGGCUGUAAAUCUGCAACGAAUGACGAGUGGCUCAAAGUUCAUCUCGGUCACAGAAACCGUGGUGAUCGCGUUCUCACAGACGCUUAUUGUAAAGAAGCACACGCCUGAAGGUGGAGUAACCUACUCACUACUGGUGUCAUUAAGGCAGUGGUGAAUGGGGCUGAAUCACAUUUGCAGACCUGGUCCAGCCUGUGCACAGACUCCCGCUGCCUCUGAGCCUCUGUGCUGUUCAACAUGUGGCUCUGGGCUCUGCUCCCGCUGUGCCUCGCUGUCUUUGGUGUCGUGGGCAUUUGGACUGUGUUUGCUAUCGCUGUAGCGAAUGGAUCAGUCAACCUGACGGAGGCGGUUCCCUACAUCAGCACGUGCGGCUCAUACGCCCCUCAGAGCUGCCUCUUCUCCCAGGUCUGCACCGUCUGCACGGUUCUGGGCCUCUGGAUUGUGGUGAUCCGUUUCCAGCAGCUCAGGGACUAUGGUAACUAUGGAAGAGUCAACGUUGCCAGUGCUGUCGUGGGCAUCAUUGCCUGCGCUGGAAUCUCUGUCCUCGGCAGCUUCCAGCCGUCAAUCCUGCUGGAGCUUCACCUCGUUGGAGCCUUCGUGGCCUUCUUCGUUGGCCUCGUCUACUUCUGGAUGCAGCUGUUGCUGACAUAUGGGUCUGAGCCUCAGGACAGAUGCUGGGUCGGCGCCGCCAGAGCCGCAUGCUGCACCUUCUGCACCAUCCUGGUGUUUGCCAUGACGCUUCUCCACAGCAUAGGCUACCCGUCCGCAGCUGCUGUGUGCGAGUGGGUUCUGGUCAUGCUGUUCUUCUGCCUGUUCGGCCUCUUCGCGGCCGAGUUCAGACACAUCGACUGCCACCUGCUCACUGUGCAGAGACGAGCUCUGAGGACCGAGCUCAGCUCCUCCGUAUCAGUCAAUGCUUAAAACAACAAGGCACAAAAAAGAUUCUGAUGCUAUUUAUUUUUUUCACUUGAAAAAAUUGAAUACAAGACUCGUCUGUUGAUGUCAUUUUAUUUUAUCUAUUGUUGUGAGUUAUGGUGGAAGCUUCUUGUGAUGGACUGACUCUUCUGGGUCCAUGCAGCAGUAACUACCUGCUGACACACGGUGGCGCCGUUCAGCUGGUUUGACCCUGGGCCAUUUCCUUUUAGUUGACUUUGUAUUUCAGUCCUGUUUGUGUCAUUUUGUGACCUGUUCCCCCAGGAUUCGUAGACAAUGUUACUUCUAUUUUCUGGUCUCGUUCUGUUUUACGUUGCAGCUGGCAGCUGGGUAAUACAAUAAAGGAGAGGCGGGUGGAAGCGUGAA